AUGGCGACAGGCACGCUCCUCUCGCACCUCCCCUUCUCGCCGCAUAUCCGCCCCCUCCACGCGGCAACAUAUCUCCUCGGCGUCUCUCUCUUCUCAAUCUCCUUCCUCGUCUUCCUCAACAGCUCCGUCUCCUUCGUGGUGACAGACCUCCUCCACAUCGCCCCGCCAAUCGGUAACAUUGUCGGCACCCUCGGCUUCGCCGACGAGCUCGUGGCCAUCGUGGCCGCCCCCGUGUGGGGCGUACUGUCCGACGGGCCGCUCGGCACGCGUGGCGUCGCCGUGACGGGCUUCAUGAUCAUUGCGGCGUCGCUGGUGGUCUUUGUGAAUGUGCCGAGCGUGUAUCCGGGGCUUCUCCUCGCGCGCAUGUUCUUCUCGGUCGGCGCCGCGGCAGUGGCCACGAUGGUGUCUGCGAUCCUCCCGGAAAUGACAGCGUCCCCGCUACCGCCGCCGUCGUCGUCGUCGUCGUCUCCGCCGGCUGCCCUCCCGCGCGGCCGUAUUGCAACGCCGCCGCCGUCGGAGCUGCCGACGCCGGUGCCGCCGGAUGUUGAGGCUGCUGCUGCUGCUGCGGCGGCGACGACGGCACGGCGACACCCGACGGGGAAGCUGGCGGGGCUGGUGGGGCUGUUUACAGGGCUUGGGGCGCUGCUGGCGCUCGGUGCUUUUCUGCCGCUGCCGACGCAUUUCGAGGGUGGUCCGGGGGGAAGGGAGGAGGCGGUCAGGAGGGCGUUUUAUAGUGUUGCGUUGGUAGCGUUGGCGGUAGGGGUGUGGUGUUUGUUGGGGCUACCGGCGCCGGUGCAGCAGACGGUGCAAGAGGAGGAGCAGGUGUCUCUAGGGUUCCGGGCGAAGCAGUGGUUGUGGACGAAGGUUUGGGGGGGCGAUCCGGCGGUGCUGGAGCCGCCAGUGUCCCCGGGGUCGUGUUCGAGCCGGAAGAGCGGUGGUGGUCGAGGGAGUGACCAUAGCGGAAGUGGUGGUGGUGGUGGCAGCGGCGGCGGCGGAGGGCUCGUGUCGUUGAAAGCCGCGGUGAGGGCCGGGCUGUAUGAUAGCCGCAUUGCACUCUCGUAUCUGGGCGGCUUUGUGGCCCGCUCCACAAGUGUCGGUAUAUCGCUAUUCAUCCCGCUGUUUGUCAACCACUACUUCAUCGUCAGCGGCAAGUGCCCUCCCGACUCACAGGACGACCCGAAGCACGGCUGCCGCAAGGCGUAUCUGCUCGCUGCGGCGCUGACGGGCAUGUCGCAGCUGAGCGCGCUGCUGUGCGCGCCGCUGUUUGGCUACUGGAGCGACCAUCCGCCGUUUGGCUCUCACCGGAACACGCCGCUUAUACUGAGCGGGGUGCUCGGCGUGGCGGGAUUUGGGGGGUUCGCCAUGGCGCGGGUUGCGGAGAUGUCGCCGGGGGUUGUGGCGUGUGUGGUGUUGAUGGGGGUGGCCCAGAUUGGCGGCAUUGUGGGCUCUCUGGGCGUUAUGGGGCGGGGCAUCGUCGAGGAGGAAGAGAUCGAGGAGAUGGGCGAGGAGGAGUAUGUGUACGAUGAGGAUGCGCGGGAGAUUGGCGAAGAGGAGCCAUUGCUGAGGAGGAGGGACAGCGGUGGGAGUGGUGGAGCGGAGAGCGGGAUCGCGGUGACGGGGAGGGGGAGGAGGAGGAGGAGGAGGAGGGACGUCAAGGGCGGGAUUGCGGGCGUGUAUAGUUUGUGCGGUGGGGCGGGCAUUCUGGCACUGACAAAGCUGGGCGGGUGGGGCUUUGAUGCCGUGAGCGUUGGAUGGCCGUUCUGGAUGCUGGCAUCGUUUGAGGGAAUGCUGGUUGUGGGCGCGGUGGCUGAGGCCGUGUGGGGGCGGAAGUAG